AUGGCGAGGCAGGCGGUAACGGGAAUGGUUCUUAGCCGGCUCCUCUGCCUGCCCCUCUGCCUCCUGCUCCUCUGCCUGCCGCGCCCGGCGGCGGCCCGGCCGCCCGCCCCGCACCUGGUGCUGGUGCUGGCCGACGACCUGGGCUGGGGCGACGUGGGCUGGCACGGCUCUGCCAUCCGCACGCCGCGGCUGGACGCGCUGGGCGCGGACGGCGUGCGGCUGGAGCGCUACUACACCCAGCCGCUCUGCACCCCGUCCCGCAGCCAGCUGCUCUCCGGCCGCUACCAGAUCCACACAGGUUUACAACACCAGAUAAUUUGGCCAUGCCAGCCCAGCUGUCUGCCACUGGAUGAGAAACUCCUCCCAGAGCUACUUCAAGAGGCGGGAUAUGUUACUCAUAUGGUGGGGAAGUGGCAUUUAGGGAUGUACAGAAAAGAGUGCCUUCCAACCCGCAGAGGAUUUGAUACUUAUUUUGGCUAUCUUUUGGGCAGUGAGGAUUAUUACACUCAUGACCGUUGCGUUCUCAUCAAAACAAAGAAUGUAACGCGCUGUGCUCUGGACUUUCGAGAUGGAGAAGAAGUUGCAACUGGAUUUAAAAAUGUGUACUCCACAAAUUUAUUUACAGAAAGAGCAAUAGAUCUUAUAGCAAAUCACAAAACUGAGAAGCAAUCGCAAGAGAGUGUAACUACCAAUGUCCUUGAAGAGGGCCUUGACUUAAAAUAA